AGCUAGAGAGCGAGCGAGGGAGGGAGCGAAGGAGCGAGCAGCAGCAGGCAAAAGGCAGCCCAAGGGCCCGGGCGGCGAAGAUGGCAGAGGCGCCGUCCUCCCCGGCCCCGCUCUCGCCGCUGGAAGUGGAGCUGGACCCGGAGUUCGAGCCCCAGAGCCGGCCCCGCUCCUGUACGUGGCCCCUGCAGAGGCCCGAGCUGCAGGCGAGCCCGGCCAAGCCCUCGGGGGAAGCGGCCGCCGACUCCAUGAUCCCCGAGGAGGAGGACGACGAGGAAGACGACGACGGGGGCUGCGGAGCCCCUGGGGGCGGCGGAGGAGCCGGCACGGCCAUGGUCAUGGGCGGCCCGAGCGGCGUCCUCGGCCCGGGACUGCGCCCCGAGGAGGCGGCCCGGCUCCUGGCCCCUGGAGGGCAGGACUCGGGGUCCGGCGCGCCCCCCGGGGCAGGCGUGCUGAGCGGGGGGCAGCAGGCGCCGCUGCAGCCUCCGCAGGCGCCGCUGCCGCUGCCCCCUCCACCGCCGCCGCCGCUGCAGCCGCAGCAACAGGGGGCGAGCGGAGCCGCGGGGCAGCCGAGGAAAUGUUCCUCCCGGAGGAACGCGUGGGGAAACCUGUCCUACGCCGACCUGAUCACCCGGGCCAUCGAGAGCUCCCCGGACAAGCGGCUCACCCUGUCCCAGAUCUACGACUGGAUGGUGCGCUGCGUGCCCUACUUCAAGGAUAAGGGCGACAGCAACAGCUCCGCGGGCUGGAAGAACUCCAUCCGUCACAACUUGUCCCUACACAGUCGAUUCAAAAGGGUACAAAAUGAAGGGACCGGGAAAAGUUCUUGGUGGAUGAUCAACCCAGAUGGGGGCAAAAGCGGAAAGGCCCCCCGGCGAAGAGCUGUCUCCAUGGACAACAGCAACAAGUACACCAAGAGUAGGGGGCGAGCAGCUAAGAAAAAGGCUUCUCUGCAGGCUUCUCAGGAAGCUGCAGAAGAUAGUCCCUCCCAGAUCUCCAAGUGGCCAGGCAGCCCCACCUCUCGAAGUAGCGAUGAGCUGGAUGCAUGGACGGACUUCCGCUCCCGAACCAACUCCAACGCCAGCACAAUAAGCGGGCGCUUGUCGCCCAUCCUGGCGACCACUGAGCUAGAUGAUGUCCAGGAUGACGACGCGCCGCUUUCCCCCAUGCUGUAUAGCAGCUCAUCGAGCGUGUCCCCAUCGGUCAGCAAACCGUGUACCGUGGAACUCCCACGGCUCACCGACAUGGCAGGCACGAUGAACUUAAAUGACGGACUGACGGACAACCUCAUGGAUGACCUCUUGGACAAUAUGACACUCCCACCCUCCCAGCAGUCGCCCCCAUCAGGACUCAUGCAGAGGAGUUCCAGCUUCCCAUAUACCGCCAAGGGCUCAGGUCUGGGUUCUCCAUCAGGCAGCCUGAACAAUGCUGUGUUUGGCCCCUCUUCUCUGAACUCUCUACGCCAGUCUCCCAUGCAGACCAUCCAAGAGAAUAAGCCGGCCACCUUCUCUUCCAUGUCUCACUACAGCAACCAGUCGCUCCAGGACCUACUGACGUCCGACUCACUGAGCCAUAGUGAUGUCAUGAUGACUCAGUCGGAUCCACUCAUGUCCCAGGCCAGCACAGCCGUGUCUGCCCAGAAUUCACGGAGGAACGUCAUGCUCCGCAAUGACCCGAUGAUGUCCUUUGCUGCUCAGUCCAACCAGGGAAGUUUGGUCAAUCAGAAUCUCCUCCACCAGCAGCACCAGAACCAGAGUCCUCUCGGUGGUAACCGUGCCUUGUCUAAUGCCGUCAACAGCAUGGGCUUGAGUGACACCAACAGCCUAGGGUCAGCCAAACACCAGCAACAGUCACCCGUCAGCCAUUCUAUGCAAACCCUUUCUGACUCACUCUCAGGGUCCUCUUUGUAUUCCACUAGUGUGAACCUUCCAGUCAUGGGCCACGAAAAAUUCCCAAGUGAUUUGGACCUGGAUAUUUUUAAUGGGAGCUUGGAAUGUGACAUGGAAUCCAUCAUUCGCAGUGAACUCAUGGAUGCCGAUGGGUUGGAUUUUAACUUUGAUUCCCUCAUCUCUGCUCAGAACGUUGUCAGUCUGAAUGUGGGGAACUUCACUGGUGCUAAGCAGGCCUCAUCUCAGAGUUGGGUGCCAGGCUGAAGGACCUUUGAGGAAAGGGGGAAUGGGCAAAGCAGACCCUCAAACUGACACAAGAUCUAAAGAGGAGGAAAUAAAAAAACCCUUUGCCAAAUCUGCUCUCAGCAAGUGGACAGCGACACCGUUUACAGCUUAAUGACCUUUGUGAAUCAAUCCUGCAUCAUUUUCCUAAUCAAGCAGAGACUGUUAAUGGCCCCCUUAUCCCCCCCUCCCCCCUCAGCAAAGCUCCUAUUGAACUUGAGAACGUAUGCAAAAUCUUCCCUGUACAGGAUGAUGGAGCACCUUCCGUGGACACAGCACCCAAUGCCCCUGCGCCAUCUUGUCAAGACACACUGUGUGCCCUCUAACAGUAGUUCCCUGCCAAUGAUUAUGUGGUGUUAUAAUAUAGCAAUGGUUUAUGGGCUAUUUUAAGUUUGGGUUUUGUGUUUAUUUUCUUGCUUUUCUCACUCCUGUGCCCAUGCAGUGGUUUUUUGGGUUGUUUUUUCAUUUUUUCUGUUAACUGGUUUCACCCACCCUUUCUUUCCCUGGCAAGUUGAAAACUUUGGAAGGAAGCAGACACUUGCCAGUUAUGUUCCUGCUUCAGGAGUCACAGACAUUGGAUCCCUCUGACUCUAUAGACUGACAAGUCGCAUAUUCUAAGGAGCAUAUUCUUUCGUGUUUUGUCUGAUAGAAAACUCUUCUCUUCUUAGAAACCUAACAAUGGCACAAUCAUUUUCAAAAAACAGGACAUAGCACAGGAGAAAUGAAGAACAAUGCAUCCUAUACAGUGUUUUUUUUUGCUUUUUAAAAUUCUGAAUGAGAAGAUUCUUUUGGAGGGUCCACCAAAGAGACCCAGAAGCUGACUUGCUACUGUCUAAAUCAGGAUGGCCUGUGGUUUUUGUGGACUGAUCCCCAUUCAAUGUAGUGGACCAUCUGUUUAUUGGUUGGAAACUCAGCUAUUUUCAGGAGAGAAAUAAGCUAAGGUACCCAUUCAUUGCCAAAAGCCACUUAGAAAUUUCUUUUUUGGAGGAAAGUAGUGGGGAAAGUAGUUCUUUACUAUGUCGAAAAUGAGAUAAGGUUUUUGCAAGUAUAUGUCAGGCGUAAAGUGGAUAAUCUAUGUGAAAAGUGCAAACCAGAUUGAUGAGGGGAGUUUGGAUCUUUCAUAUUUCUUUGAAUACUUUUCCUUGAUUACUUUCCACCUCAAUGUGUAAUCAGAUCUCCUAGAACUAUACAAGGGAGAGAAACAAUACCCCACAAACUGAUUUUUUAAAAAAUAACCCUGGAUUAUAUUUGAACAAAUGAAACAGAAAUGAAAGGCCAUUUUAAACUUUUUGUUUUAUUUUUCAGGCUUUUCCAGGCUUUUCAUUUUUUUUUUAAAGUUAAUGGUGCUGUAUAGGUGCUUUCUGUUUAACCUGGAAAGUGUGAUUCUUUUUGUUAGUUUCUUUGGUAAGGAGGAGAGUUGGGCGUUCCAUUGGUACAGGGAGAACCUGGUAAGAAGAAGCUCCAAUUAGUCCAGCAUUGGAUCACUUGUCCAACAUGCUCUAUGAAGACUUUUUUUUUCCCCACUUUGGAUAAAAUCAUUAUGCAUAUAAGUGUAUAAAUAUAUUUUAUUAUGUAGAGUACAGAAAUGAAUAAUUAUGCAUGGGUGAUAAGAAUACAAACCCGUAUUCCAUCCCGAAGUUUCAGUGUAGAAGUUCUCACUGAUAACGGUCCCAUGCAGCACAUAGUGACUUCCUUCCACGACACACGAAACACACACGUGCACCUGCUGCCAUCUAUUGAGCCCCUUUUUUGUUCCUUUACAUUAUAUUAGGGGCCAAUAUUGGUAGAAAUUAUACUUGGUGUGUUGGGCAUCCCAUUUGGUCUCUCAAAUGCCCCCACCCCAACCCUGCCAUGCUUGUAUUGUCUUUUUUGAGUGAUGACCCUGUUUGUUUCAUCACGUUUCACAGAAUUUGUAAAUGCUUGUGUAGUUGUGGUUAUGGUAGACCAACCUGGACGUAGCAACUUUUUGGACAACUUAAGAUCUUAUCCUUUUCAUUGCAAAAGGUAGUAGUAAGUGUAUUCAGAUUGGUCGGUUUGUCAGUGGCAAAGUCUUGCUUCCUGUGUCAUUCUGCCAUGAUGAGAGCAUGAAAAUUGUACAAAUAAGGCACCUGUCAAAUUUUGCUCCCUAGUCAUCUCUGAAAAGCAAAAGGACUGUCUGUUCAGGCAUCGGUGAAAGAGAAAUACCUCUUUCCAUGUUUAUUCCUCUGUCCUGAGAGGAGAAGCUAGCCAAGUGGGCCAGAGGAGGGGAAUGCACUGUUUUUAGCUAUUUUGUCAGAUGACCAAAGUGGAACCAGCUGGUGGUAGGGAGCUAUUAGGCUAUAUGAAAGUUGAGGGUGCUCCAGCUAGAGAGCCUAGAGAUUGCAUUUCAGCUCCUGAGUUAGAAGGAAGUUGUUUUUUCUUUGUUGCUCUAGACCCCAAGAGUUGUUUGGGGGUGGGAGAAGGCAGGAAGUAGAUCAGAAAAAGUCCUAAAUGUGUUUCAACUGAAAAAAAAUGGUAUUGAGUUCUCUUCAGUUAUAUGGUAUCUUUUUAUUCUCUACUUUUCUUACAUUUGAUGGGUUUUAAUCAGAAACUAUCUUGAGAAAUGUUUUGAACCCAGAUUAGAAUUUAAUCUAAGACAGCUGAGUACAAGAAAGCACGGGACCAGGGAGCCACAGAACUGAACAGGAAGUCUUUUUCCCCCCCUUAUUGAAUGACUCAGUGAAACAAUAGCUUAAGCAUUGGGUGUUCUAAGGGACUGAAUCCCUGAGCCAUGCAAAAGGGCUGCAAGAGGGUGGAGAAGGUCUGAUCCCUUCUGAUUUUGUACCUAGAGUUGUUACAGCCCUUCCCCUUUAGCUUCCCACUGCUUUGAAGUCUCCCUGUUCUGUACUAUGUCCCCUGCAGAAAGGAGACCCAGCCUGAGCUAAAAGGCCAAAGAAGCAAGGGGCCUGCUAGAGUUGUAGCCAUACCUCUCUUAACCUGAGCUGGGUGGAGGUGCCACUUACGGCUUUUGUCUCUCUGGACAGAUUAGACUUAAAGGAAAAGCCAGUCUGCCAUCUUCUCAACCCAUGCAUAUCAUCUGAAAGUACCAUUACUGACUUCUUUUGUCAAUAGAACUAAGUUUGAAAGCAAAGUAGCAAACCCUACUCUCUCUGGCUGUUUUCAGAUAUAGGAUACUAAAUAGAAAAAGCAGUUCCCAUAGGUGAUGUGAUCACUAGGAUCAGCCAACCAAAUUCCAGUCCUUCUCACCCCUACCUUUAACGGUAGUAUGGGGAAGGCUGCCAUUAUUUCUUUGAUAAGGAAACCAGAAGAGUAACUAAUAUUUCUAAUUAGACACGCACUCUGGGGAACUCCUUUCCUCUGAGAUCCCAGGCCCAAACAUCUUUUACCAAAGUUAGGAAACAGCUUUAUCACAAGCUUUCCCUAUAUGUACUCAAGUGCAGAAUAUGCACUGCCCUUUUUAGGUUCAGGUAUAUCCUUAGCUGUGAAUGAAUCUGAAGUUGUUUUUCUUUUUUUUUCUUUUAUUCCCUCAUCUACCAUAAUGUUAUUCUUGCUGAAGAAGAGUCAUUUGGUGGAUGUGUAUUAUUAUUAUUUUUUUUUACUUUAAAAAAAAUCUCUCCUGUUAAUCAGAGGAGGAUGUUUGAUACAGUACAAAGCGGGCUUUGUGGUAUUGUAUGUGUGUGUGUGAGAGAGUGUGUGUGUGUGUUGAUUUUAAUAAACACGUCUACUGCCUCCCCUCCCUGAAGAUGAAGCUCAUGGUGGCUUUCACUACUACCAGCAGAUAUUUCCCAUUCAUAGGGGUGAGAUUUCAAGUUAGUUAACAAUUUGUGUUCAUUGAACUAAGGAUGAUGAGGACAGGUUUAUCUCCUGCCCGAUGGAUCUUUCUGUUUUUUUAAUGGUCAUCAUUUGGGCUUCUUGAAGAUGCAACCAAGACCAAAGUAGUACCACAGCCACUUAAUUAUUCCCCACAGGAAUGAAAGGGACUCCAUGGGGAUGGGCAAGGAAAAGGAAAAAGCAUUGGAGAAAUUCAGGCCUUCAGGCUUUCUGCAACCAAAAUCAAAAUUUCUGCCUUUCCUUUAAAAAAAAAGUUUCUUCUAAUAUUUUCACACUGAUUAAGGAAAACUAAUCUUUCCAAUACUAAAAUUCGCUGAUUCUGUUUUCUCUUAGAAUAUUUUGAGAAUAUAUGAUUAAGUACGAUUUGUUUUUUAAUUAAGAAAACCAGUUGGUUAAUGGGGAGAUAAUCAUUGGCAAAGAGGUACGAAGUUCAGCAUCUCUGGGGAAAGGGGAAAAAGACUAGUUUUCCUGAAAUCAUGUCCAUCAAAUAAGAUCUUAUAGCAGAUACACAAGUUAUUAAAGAGUUUUAGUGUUAAUAUUUAAUACAUAAGCGCUAAGCAUCUAAAGUGGUAACAUUUAUGCAAAUUGAACGAUUGUGUAUUUUUCUUAUUUAAUUUUAUUUGUGAUUUUUUUUCUUUCAUGAACGAUUGGUUAUGAGGCUUCUGCCUAACUCCAGAAAUAUUUGUACCAUUGCUUUAAAAAGCUGUAUGUUAGGACAUUUAUUUCUCUAAAAUUAUGUUAUUGCUUGGCAAUCAGCCUCCUCUCAUAUAAUUGUCUUAGUACAUCAUGUGCAUUGGAAAUGUAAACAGAUGUGGAGGACCAGAUAAAUUAGUUAAUAUUUGAAAAAAAAAUGUAUUGUGCAUUUUGGCUUCACAUGUUAAACUUUUUUUUUCAGAAAAAAAAAAGUUGCAUGAAUGGAAAAAAAGUAUCUGUAUACAGUAUCUGUAAAAUUGUCUUCUCUGUUUUAGUUUCUUGCUAAUAACCUGUACAAACUAGAAUGAUGUUAAACCCCCGUCUUUGGUGCAUGGCCAGAGUCAAAACACCUAAGAGCUGAGAGGCUCCUCCUUUUCUUUGGUGGUGCCUCAUCCUCUCUUUCAGAGUGAACACUAUCCAUUUGCAUUCUCACUGAAGAUCUUGUCAAACCCUGUGUUGCCAUGGAUUGACUAACCAACUAUAUGCCCUCUCUCUUCAGGAGGAUCAAACUGUUUUUGAUUUGAGAAUCUUUCCAAACGAAAUAAGAGAUGCUGUGCUUAUUUUUCCUCAGUGUUUAUCUGUAGAUAUCACCUUGUGUAUUCCAUUUUCAAUUGUAAUCUAGUUUGUAAGAGAUGGUGACCGCAUGUAAAUAAAGCAUAAUGACUCUCUA